UCACCCAGAGAAUUCCUUUCCCGAUGCCCUCAUGUCUCUAGGCCCAGAAGCUGAACUCCCUAUUAAUCAUUCCGUCUCUGACACUGCCGACUGACCACACUGUCGUGGCAUCUUACCCAAGGAUUAUCGUCAACAACUCUGUCUACAACCACAAACAUUCACCUGCAUUAGUCUCAACUGAAAUCAUUCCGGCUCAGGCCAGCGUAUUGCUCGGAUCGCAUUCUAUCAGCAACUUCCGAAGUAACCGUCCGAGACCUCAGAUUAUUCAACCUAACCCACCGCGCAUUAGUCGCAUUAUCAACACACCAACCGACACGAUGUGCCACAAGAACAUUUUCACCUACGUUUACCCUGACGGGCACAGCGCUGAGCAGAUCAAGCACGACUUAUGCGACAACUCGCGCCACAGCCUACCAUGCAAGCUCACCAAGACGUUCCAACACCCAACGGAAUAUGUCCGAUCCGGUCAAUUAAGCCCACCAGGAUACAGCUUUGGCCAAUUCCCGCCCACUCCACCACUCUCGUCUCACUCCGCUUCUGACUCGGAGCACUCUUCCAAGGGGCGAUCAAGUGUCUACAUCAAUGGCGAAAAGGUCGUCGAUCUUAACAGGCGCUCGUCGCGACGCGACAAGGGUGAGCGCGCCGGUGACCAUACAGUCUACGUUGACAGCCCGCCACUAUCGCGCACACCACCCCGCAAAUACGACAUACCGCGCAGCAUGCCUUCUAGUCCCCACGAAGAGACUAUCCGCGUGCGCGAGUCGCGGCACCGCGAAACGAGCGCAGACGAGCGCGACAGGUCUACUUCAUCGCACAGCCGACCUUCUAUCGAAGUCAAAAUAAUCAACGAACCGCGACACCGGCGACACGGGUCUAGCAAGUCGAGCUCGCAGGAUGGUGAUGAGGAGGAGCGUCGCCGAAAGCGCAGGAACAGCCACGUUCGAUUCGAGGACGAGGAAAAGAAAGAUGAGAAGAAGAAGGAUGAGAAGAAAAAGAAAGUCCAAUCCGAAAUUGAACGCGCGAAUGAGGAUAUCGCCAACCGGCCUCCUAUCCCGACUACAACGGUACCAGCCAACACACGAUACCGCCGAGGCUCAGUAGCCGUUGAUCCCAACGAUGCGGCGCUUGUACUUGCGAUGGACCAGAUAAGCUUGGAACGCGAGCGAAAGGCCAAUUUAGACCGCGAGAGGCGGCGGCGCGAGAAGCGUGAGCGCGAUGAAGAAGAGGCGCAAAGGCAACGACUGAGAGACCGUAUGGCUCCCAGCCGCCGGGCCACUGUUAGCGACUCCCGAAGCCUAGGGCGAGCUCGACAGAAGAUAGUUUACGAUGAUGGAAGAUACCGCUGGGAGUAAAACAACCGAAAACCCAACAAAAAAAAAGGUUCAGAACAGUGUAAAACUUUUGCAUGUAAAAGGAUACGACUACGGCGUUGGAUUAAUGAUACCUGGGCACUGCGAUGAUGACGUGGUUUGUAUUGGAUUUAUUUGGUUUGCUUUUUCCCUGUUUCGAUAGACAAAUGCAUGGCUGUUUUUUUCUCUCUAUUAUUCACUGUUCAAGCCUGUAUUGGUAUCGCUCAUACACAAUCGGUUCAUCCCCUUUGGUUUAUGAGAUUUUAGGGAAUUGGCAAACCCGAUUUUUUUUUUAGAAACAUUUAUCUGUUUUCAAUGCU